AUGAAACCUUCCCCCCUACCUUACACCCCGCCCCCUGCAGCCCUGGUUCCCACCCCUAGAAGACAGCAGAACUGAGAAAAGAAGAAGCCUUUGGACAGAAAAGCCAUGUCUGACUCUCUGGUGGUGUGCGAGGUGGACCCAGAGCUAAAGGAAAAGCUGAGGAAAUUCCGCUUCCGGAAAGAGACAGACAAUGCAGCCAUAAUAAUGAAGGUGGACAAGGAGCGGCAGAUGGUGGUGCUGGAGGAAGAAUUCCAGAACAUUUCCCCAGAUGAGCUGAAAAUGGAGUUGCCGGAGAGACAGCCCAGAUUCGUGGUUUACAGCUACAAGUACGUGCACGGGGACGGCCGCGUGUCCUACCCUUUGUGCUUCAUCUUCUCCAGCCCUGUGGGCUGCAAACCCGAACAACAGAUGAUGUACGCCGGGAGUAAAAACAGACUGGUGCAGACGGCAGAGCUCACAAAGGUGUUUGAAAUCCGUACCACCGACGACCUCACAGAGACCUGGCUCCGAGAGAAGUUGUCUUUCUUCCGUUGACCUCUGGGCUGGGGACCUGAAUUCCUGAUAUCUGAGUCCCCAAGAGAACUGGGGACUCAAAUCUCUGCACGUGUGAGAUCCUAAAUAAUUAAAAAUGCAAGAACUUAAAA